CCACGGCCCCUUUAGGUUUCCAUUUCCCUGUGGUCCCUCUCUGCCUGCUGGCCUGAAGCUGGGAUGCAGGGAGAAGCCUGACAAACCCAUCUUUCGCUGCCUUUGUGCAGUGAGUGGUCCUGAGUGUCCUCUGAAUCAAGCAGCAGCUUCUGUCAUCACAGAAAGAAACAUAAAAACUGCAGCCUUGAAUCUGUAGUUUGCUUUCCCUCUUACCCAGGUCUUCCUUAAUGCUGCUGGCUUUGUGUGAUGUUGCGUAAUGAAGCACCACCAGAAGAUUAUCCCCUUCCUGGGCUUUCCAAAACUGAAUCCACCAUUUCCUGCCCAUGUUUCCAAUUUCUAGUUUCCUCAUGGGUACCUGUCCUCACCAGAGCUUGCAGCUUCUCCAGUGUGAGGUCAACUACAAGCUUUAGCCCUCUGUCAGAUCAUUAGCAAGUCAGGGGUAAUGAAAACUCCCAUCCUGAGUUUCAGCUCUGUCUGUAUUAGGGUGUGAACUAAACCAGCUAAUUUUCAGCUGGAUCAGCAAGCUGAACUGACUGACUGAGUCCCUCACACUCCUGUGCCACCCCAAAGCAGGGGGUGGGAAUGGGAAACCGAGGGGAAGCAAACACCAUAGGCCAGGCUCGGCUGGGCUUAAACCUCCUUGGAGCCGCACCACGGGCUCCUGCUGUGAUAUCUUAAUGAUUCUGCCUUUUCCUUCUCCACACUCUGUGUCUUAAUUAGCCUUCCCCCCUCCUGUGGGCCAAACUGCUCUGCUUUCUUUUCAAUCCUCCUUCCUUGUGCUUUGCCUCUAACAGUGUCUUUCUACUGUACACUUCAAAGGCUUUGCUUGCUGCAUCUCCCCCAUGCUGGCAUUGGCUGGUAACACCCCCAAAGCAGGCCAGGUCUGCCAUGAACUCAUAGUCAUUGAAACAGCUUUGGGCCCUUUGGAUCUGGGUAAGAAGCAGGCAUGGGGGAGGAGAGGUCAAGGAUUUCCAGCAUUUCACCUAUAAGAAGAAUUAUUAGUAACACAGGAAAAAAAAAAGGUGUGGGGGGGAAAGGACCCCUCCUCCACCCACCCUCCCCAAAGGAGAGCCCACUGAAGGCAGAGUGCUUUUAUGUGCAAGUGGGAGGGAAGGAGAGUGUUAGGGCUUCAGAGGGAAAUGCUUUGAUCUUGACUUUGAAUCUCCUUCAGUUCCCAGCUCUCCCCCACUCUCCCACCUAUGGCCAGGACCAGAGGAUGUAGCCAGGACUCCUAGUCCUUGCUCAGUGCUAUGGUACUUCACUUGCUGUUUCACAUUUAAUUUCCUUCUGCACACCUGGGAGCCUCACAGAGGCCUCGUGGAGCAAGAGCACAGUGCCAACACCAAGUUCAAACUUCCCCCCAUCUGACAGAAUGGGAAGAGAAAGGGAGCCCAGCUGGACAGAAGCCAGAAGGGAAAAGAGCCCUGAGAUGAGCAGAGGUGAAUUAGAGAUGGCUAAUGACUCUCAAGGCUCUGGCACCCCAGGGCAGGGGACAGGCAGACCUGGCUCUCCUGUGGGUCCUGGAGCAUUAGACUGGUCAGUGCUGAACACGACCCAGAAUGUGAACUAGGAACCGUUAGGAGAGGGACAGAGAGUGGCUCUCAGAAGACAGCACUGAUGUCCCCAUGUCCCACAAAGAGUUAUUUUAAGUUGGAGAGAGGAGAACAGCAAUGAGAGCCCUGGCUGUUCUCUGCAGGAUGGGAAGGAGGUGGCACUGACGAGUGCUGGACGAUGAGGAAUGACCCUGAGUUCUGAUUCACUUCAAAGGAAGAGGACUAUAGGGUGUGAGAGAGACUUAGGAGCCUCCAGUCUCUUGUCCAAGGUGGGAUCUAAUGUGUAGGCAAGAUCCCCACUUCCCUCGGGAGAUGAGACUCCUGGCUGGGCCUUGUCCUUAAGCUGUCCUCAAGUUCAGGCCAAAUACUUCUGCUUCUGUGUUGCUCUUUUUUUCUCAGCUGAAGUCACUCCUGUUAACUGCUGUCGCUUGCUGAGGUUGAUGCAUUUCAAUGUCCCUGCCUGCCAGUUUUCACUUCACCACCACUAAAUAGAUUUUUUCCUCACAUCAUCUCUUGUUUAUAAUUUAAUCACUCCAGCUCUGCUACUCCUGGCUGAAAACUUCCUAUAGUUUGUUACUUUCCCUUUCAGAGUGAUGUAGGCAGACCUGUCUGCAGCACUGUGCCAGGCAUGCACAGAGCGGAGGGUACCUCGCAGGACUUCUCUGCAGAGCCCAACCAUUGCUCUUUCUGAGCAUCACUUUAAGGGCUUCAACACAGACAUCAGGCACUGGGUUCAAAGGUGGUUUCAGCCCUAGGGAUGAGAAGUACCAGACAAUAUGAAUGCCAAAACAGGACUUCUGUCAUGCACAGUAAACAAGUUACUACAAAAAUUGCGGUGGACUUCAUGUUUUCCAGGUCCUUAUUGGGCAAUAUUGCACCAGAACCCCUUGAACUUCCUUCUCCCUAAGACUGGUGGGCAUAUUGCAACUGCAGCAACCUGAUUUCUCUUGCCAGUUCAGGCUGCAAGCUGUGCUCAUUGCUCAUUCCUUGUGGGGCAGUGCCAGGCACAAGAGAGAAAGCAGCCAAGGCAACAGACACUUAGGACCCUCCUAGAAGCUCCCAUGCUCUCAUUUCCAUCAGCCCCUCUACAGUCUCAUCUCCCCUGACUUCCUGGAGAGAUUCAAAUUCUGCAGUGCUCUGGAGCAAGAAAGGUGGGAAAAACAGAAGCCAGGGCACCAGCAAUGACUUUAAGAGGAUGGAUGUGUCAAUUUAGCCCAUGUAUAGAACAUAAAUGUGUCAUAAAGUAGUGUGGGUCAACCUUUUCCAACCAGAAAUGGUCCACAGUCUGACCUGCCCCAAAUGGCAUUUGGCUGCCCAGGUGUUUCAGUUAUAUCCCAUCCUCUCUGGUCCUCAUCUGUUCAUCCCAUGGACAACCCUGCAAUAGAUAGGGUGCUCUGACUCCCUCCACUCCUGGAGGUGCCCUAGGUGGGACUGGGGAACUUUCCUGAUGGGGUGGAUAGCUGAGUGUUUAAAUGUUGUCCCCAUGUGUGACACUGUCAAGAUUGUCACAUUCCAGUGACAGAACCAGAGCAAGCCCUGUCUUAUUAUACAAGAACUUAUAAAAGAACUCAGCACUGAGUCCUUGAGACAUCCUCAUGAGGUUCAAGCCAACAAGAAUUCUAUCUGCUAAACAAACAGGUUGCUCUUGAGCUGGGAGAAGACUCUGUGCCCAGACUUGGAGCAGUAAAACCUGCCUUACAGCACAUCUGGUAACACAGUGCCUGGAGACUCCCCACAGCUGGACAUGUCUGCACCUUUUCUCUGAGCCUUGUCUGGGAGAGAACGGGCUGCAAACAGGCAGGUUAAAACCCAAGAGACAGAGAAACUUCUGGCAGCCAUAGCUAAACUGCAAAGGUCUGCAUGGUUGUAAUGAUGAUGCAUCCUGCACCAAAGCAGGAAGCACUCUGGUCCCCCACUGAACUCUUCCAAGGAACAGAAAAAUGCUAACUACUUGUUUAUAAACUGGAAGCGGGUGUGUGCAGUCAUCUGCAUAACAGAACUGCCCAAGCUGUCUCUUUGUGUGUUUUCCAGCUCCUAUGUUAAUCACUGACCCUGCUGACUCCGGCAUUUACCAGAGUCUCACUGCCCUGUGAGCACCGCUUUGCAUUUGCAACCCAAGAAGUUAAAAGGAUGAAGGAUGAGAAAGGAAGCUCAGCAGCUGUGAAUAUGAACACCAGACUGCAAGAGGGGAAAACAGCCAGGACUGGACAGGAUGAUCCAGAGGCACCAGCUGGUGCAGUCUGUGCUGCAGGAGCUACAGGAAGCCACCGAAUGCUUUGGUCUGGAGGGCCUCACCAGUGCUGCGCUGGAGGCAGAGAGGACCUUGUCAUCUUUCUCCCUACCUGGUUAUUGUGGAAGUCAGUUCCAAGAGGAGCUGGAGGUUGACCGGGUAGCCAGGAGCCUCUAUCCUGAGGAUGCCCCAAGUAACAUGCUGCCUCUUGUUUGCAAGGGUGAGGGAAACCGCCUCUUUGAGGCUGCUAGUGUGCUGCUCUGGGGCAACCCCAGCCUCAGCCUGGAGCUGCAGGUGCGUACUGUGGUGGAGAUGCUGCUGCACAAACAAUACUACUUGAAUGGCAUGAUUGAUUCUAAAGUGAUGCUGCAGGCUGCCCGCUACUCCCUGUGCACUGAGGAGACCCCAGAGAUGACCAGCCUCCCCAUGGCUAUCCUGGAAGCCAUCUUUGAUGCUGAUAUCAAAGCUACCUGUUUUCCUGGCACCUUUGCCAACAUGUGGCAUGUCUAUGCUCUUGCCUCAGUACUGCAGUGUAAUAUCUACUCCAUCUAUCCCAUGAGCAACUUGAAGAUCCGACCCUAUUUUAACCGGCUCAUCCGGCCCAGGAAGUGUGGCCCACGAACCUCCACGCUACACAUCAUGUGGUCAGGGCAGCAGCUCUCCCGGCAGGUCUUCAAAGCGCAGUACUUUGUGGCCGUGGUUGGCCUGGAGGAGCUGGAACCCACCAUACCUUCACCAGAGCCUCCUGUCCAGCCCAUGAAGACCCUUGAGCUGCUGAACAAUGACCCCCAGCUGACCUACUCCAACCUGCGUGACCGCUACAGCAUUACCAAGAGCACCUUCUACCGCUGGAAGCGCCAGUCCCGUGAGCACCGGCAGAAAGCGGCUGCCAGGUUUGCAGCUAAACACUUCCUCCAGUCCUGCUUUCAGGAGGGCAAUAUAAUCCCCCUCCAGCACUUCCGACAAAUGUUUCCAGAAAUCUCCCGAUCCACGUACUAUGCCUGGAAGCAUGAGAUGCAGAGCAUGGUCAAUGGUGAUAACUCUGCUCUGUCUGAGGCCCACAGGUUGCAGGAACUUCACAGGGUUGUCCCAAAAAAGGCUGAUGUGAAUGAGCCAGGAAAUCCACAGGGGAGCUUAAAAUCCUCAAGUCCUUCCCCAGAUCCCAUUCAAGCAGGAAUCUUUAUGCAAGGAGCCAAAUCCUACCUGGAGAAAUGCAUUUCCAUGAACACUCUGGUGCCUUACAGAUGCUUCAAACGCAGCUUCCCAGGCAUCUCCAGGUCCACUUACUAUAACUGGCGAAGAAAAGCAAUCAAGGAGAACCCCAACUUCAAACACCCCCAGUCACCCUUGGAUAACCAGAAAACUCUAGCUAUAGGAAAGCCAUUCCUGCAGUUGAAGCCAAGCAGCGUGCCUGUUAGGAAGAGACGGAAUGGAGACCGGCCAGCAUCCAGGAGUCUGCUGCAGCUCCAUCCUUCUCUGUGCUGGAGAAAGCAGCUGCGAGAUGUGGCCAGGAGGCAGGUCCAGCAAUGGCAGCUGCCGUUCUGCAAGUUCCGCCUGCGCUAUCCAUCUCUCUCCUCCACAGCCUACUGGUUUUGGAAGGGCAGUGGCCAAACCGUUUGGCAGCAUCGCCUGCCCUGGAGCAGCUCCAGCCUGCCAUUGAACCGUGUGGCUUCCCUGGCACCUCCAAGAGCAGAGCCAGGCCUCAAACCGCAGUGCCAUUUGGAUGUAGCCACCAAGCACAUAGAUAAGCCAGCGCCUGCCGUGCCGUGCAGCGCCACCAUUUCGGGCUAUGCCAUGUCGGAGAGAGCCAACAGCCGGAUGUUUGUGAUGGAUGUGAUUGCCACUGCCCAAUUCAAGGCACAGGCCAAGCUGUUCCUGCAGCGGCGCUUUGAGUCGAAGACCUUCCCAACCUACAAGGAGUUCAGCGCCCGCUUCCCGCUCACGGCCCGUUCCACCUAUUACAUGUGGAAGCGUGCCCUGCACGAUGGGCUAACAUUGGUGGAUGCCUGAGCUGGCCACAGCUCCUCUGCUGAUGUGCCCUUUGGCUCUCUGGUGCAGUGCCCAGGUUGGGGCAUCGCUAAUUUUGUUCUGGUUUGGUUUUGUUUUGUUCCUAGUCUCUGGCUUUCUUUUUUGUGUGGUUCAAUCAGGUAUGGGAGCAUCCUCAUAGUGCCUAUUCCCAGAGGCUGGAGGAGUGGAAGGAGAAGGCAUUGAGUCCCAAGGGAGAGGGGCCAGGUAAUUUUCCUUUCUUUGUGCUCAGAGGAUGAGCAAGGGAGGUAAUACUGUGUCGAUGUCAUGGGAUGCUGGUGGGCCUCAUGAGAUGGAGGAUGUGGAAGUCUCUCUGCCCCAGGCAGUUGCUUGAAUGAGUAAUGUGGAAGUGCAGGAUGAGCAUGGAGGUGCCUAGCAUCUUAUCAGUGAGCAGAGUAGUACUGGCUCAGCUGUAGGUGAGGAGAGGUUCGGGGAGUGCUCAGCUUUAUGUAAGAAGCAUCUUUGGGCUUUUCCCAGCUAAGGAGAAUAAAAGCUUCACUUGGGAUGAGUGAAGCUCUGGUUUUUAAUACCUGCCUCUGGCUGCCUUGAUCUUUCAUAGAUGGAGCAGAGACUGCUAGAUGAGGGGAUUUGUUUGUGUCCUCACUAAUCUGUAUGUUGGGAAUGCUAAGCUAUGAGUCAGUGUCUUUUGCAGGCUCUGGAGAAGCUGUCCCUGACCUUUCAGGUCGUGUAGCAAUAACCUUUCACACAAACCUUUAUUCUCUCAGCUGGCAGCUACCCUAUUUUUCUAGGGUCUCUCUUCCCUCAUGUCUAGGAGAAUGCAGAGAGACUGCAACUUGUGUGCCCAGUGUUCCUGCAUCCCCUGUGCUGUGCUGCAAGCAACAUGGAUGUGUAUUUCUCACUUGUAAGAAACCAAAGCAAUAAAGACUCUUCCACUCCUA